AUGCAACUCAAGGACAUCUCAGUUAAACUCCCCCACAAACCCACAGCGACUCUGCGCAUCUCAGCUCUCUUCCCGGGUACAUCCUCCCCCGAAUUCGCAGACCCCCUGGACAUCACAUCUUUACCACCUUCAUCAACCCUCCUCGUCUUCCUCAAUGGGCUCAUCCUCCCUCGUUCGUCUUGGAAUGAGUGCAUCUCCCGCUUCUUGCGCAUUCGCGAUAAGCAGCGACGGUGUGCUUCAUCGUCUAAUUCUUCGGUAUCUUCUUCUGAUACUGCAUCCGGACCCAAAGACGAGAGCGGGACUGGCAACGCCAAUAAACAUGGGUCGAUACCAAAGUCUAAUAAUACCUCUAAUGACGGGACACACGUACACGUACCAUCCGAAAUCAAAAUCCCCAACAUCCUAACCUACGACCGUUUCGGGCAAGGCGAGUCCGACCGCGACCCUUCCGACCCCGAUCCGGAAAUAGAUAACACUCCCUACGGGCACUCACCGCUAGACGUAAUCGCCGAUUUACACCAACUCCUACUCCUCAUCUCACAAUACCUCUCCCAGGAUCUAUCCUCUCUAAACCUAGUAUUCAUAGCCAACUCCAUAGGCUGUCCCUUAGCCCGGCUCUUCAACCAUCAUCACUCCCAGGUCAGGGUAACGGGAUAUCUUUUCCUAGACUCAAUGAUGGCCAACAGCGACUUUAUUUCUGUGUUUCCCGAUCCUGAUUCUCCAGAAUUCGACCCCGAAAAAGAUCUGAGACAGGGGGUAAGCGAGGAGGAUCUAAGAUGGACAAGACAAAAGUUUAGGGAGAAGUUUCAUCCUAGUGUGGGAAAUGCCGAGAGGUUGGAUAGACGGGGGUUGAGGACCUUGUUGCCUUGGGCUGAUAGGCCGAAACUUACGAUUCCUCCGUUGCGCGACGGUGAGGAGGAGGAGGAGGACAAGAAUUUGAACGGAAAGGAGAAGCAGGAGCAGGAGCAGGAGCAGGAACAAGCCGGAAUGAGGGAAGGGACAAUAACAAGACCGAAGGCAAUCGUCAUCGGUCACGACUGGGACGUCUUUGCCGAUCAAAACGAAAAGGGUCCAAUGUCCAUUCCCAAAGCCGUCAUAAACGGGUACAUGAACCCAGCCUGGCAACGAUAUAACGAGGGGUUAACUCGUCUGGCUGCGGUUGACGGUAACGACGACAAGGAUGUGGUUCCGGUCAAGAUUGCCAAGGAUUGUGGACAUUUCAUCCAAAAGGACGAUCCGGAGUUGGUGGCGAGGGAGCUGGAUUAUGUGUUGAGGGGACUUGGGCUGUGA